AUGUUCACCCUAAGAUCAACGGCCCACGACACUCCGAACGAUGCCUUAAAGGAGCAAGAAAGGCUGCUACCUAUAGCCAACGUGGGCCGAAUCAUGAAGCAAAUUUUGCCCCCAAACGCGAAAAUCUCGAAAGAGGCCAAAGAGACUAUGCAAGAAUGCGUGUCCGAGUUCAUAGGCUUCGUGACUGGCGAGGCUUCCGAGAAGUGCCGGAAAGAGAGGCGGAAAACGGUCAACGGAGAUGAUAUUUGCUGGGCUUUGGGGACCCUUGGAUUUGACGACUACGCGGGCCCCAUGAAGAGGUACCUGGAUCGAUAUAGGGAGAUUGAGGUUGAAAGAGUUAAUAAUAGUAGUAAUAAUAAUAGCAAUCAGAAUAAUUAUAGGGGUGAAGAUAAUAUGGAGGAGGAUUGUGAUAUGUUGUAA